CCCGAGCCCAGGAGCGAAUAUACGGGAUCACGUGUUUGGUGUCAACCGAACACUGGAGAGAAAAGAAAUGGCGAUGCUCGGAGCCUUCAGCUCUGCGCAGCACAAGAAAAAUGUCUCUGACGCGAACAGCGACAUGUCCGAGUUUCUUUGUCCUGUUUGCCUGGAGAUAUUCGACAGUCCUGUCACAACACAAUGCGGCCACACGUUCUGCCAGAGCUGUUUGCAAAAAUGUUUGCGUCCACAGAAACCCGCAUGUGCCGUGUGCCGGGCUGCGCUCGGCCAUUGUACUAAAGCUGUGGAGCUCGAAGCCCUGAUCCAAUCAUCUGUGGCAGCAUGCAAAGGGUGUGGAGCGCAGGUCGGCCUUUCUCAGAUGAGACUCCACACGGGUGCUUGUCCGAAAUACCAGGAGUACAUUGAAGAAGGAGUUCGGACCACUGCCCAGAGCCAGCCUGCUAUCAUCAGUCCAGUGCCAAAUCGUUACACUUUUACCUGCCCUUACUGCAACUGCCAGAACCUCGAUCAAGAUGGCCUGGUUGAGCACUGCACUACCCAGCAUGCCCGCGAUGCACGGCAAGUGGUUUGCCCCAUCUGUGCCUCCAUGCCGUGGGGGGACCCAAACUACCGAAGUACCGACUUCUUCCAGCACCUGAAGAUUAGACACACUUUUUCAUAUGAUACCUUUGUUGAUUACUCUACAGACGAGCACACAAUGAUCCAGGAGGCUUUACAACGCUCCCUUCUGGAUAACUGAAGUAUGGAGAAGAAGAAUCUGGAAGAGGAAAGUGGCAAAAGGGACAAUGGGGAUGUGAUGUCUUCAAAAGGCACAGCAGCACGCUUGUACGGUCAUGAGAAUGGUGGAUGAUUAAUGAGUUUCACAUGAGUUUUUAAAACAUGACUUUUGAGGUUUAUUCUGACAGAAAUAAACCGUGCGGCAGGCUUGAGGAGCAUAUUUUUUUAUUGCUGGCGCCAUCGUCUCAUAUCAUUCGAUCCAGUGCAGCCUAUUGAAUAAUGAUGAACCAAUAGAACAGUUCACUAGUGAAUGGCAUAGUGUCAUCAAACCUCUGAUUUGCAGAUCACAUUCCUUGUUGUUGGUACACGGGUUGGGUACUACCUGUAGAUGGCUAACUUGCCAGCAAACCUGACUUCGCUGAAGAGUAAACAUUAAUAUUGUAUGGGAAUUUCACACUUAGUUGUUCAAAAGGUAUGGGGAGGAUCUUUUUCCUUUUGUGUUUUUUUUAAAUACCUUUUGUGUGUGUGUGUGUGUGUGCACUCUGCAAAAGAAAUAUGAGAUGUUUUCUCUGAAUAUUUCUCCCAUGUCAUUGUGCCAGUUAGUCUUUUUCCCCAGUUCCAAAAUCACAGGGCUAAUGGUUCACUCAACCAACUGAAUGCAAGUGCGCCGUACUAGCAUCCCCGUGGUUAUUUUCAUGUGGCGAAUCCUUGCGCGUGUAUUUUGGCCACUGGGGGGCAGUGUCGUCCCACUCUUCCAGGCCAGUGGACAGUUGAUACCCCACUUAAAUGUGCUCAACUGCUGAAGUAGUCUGACUACAACAUCCAUACACGUGCAGUUAUUCGUCUUGCAGAAUAACAAUUGCUUCACUUAUACUUGUUUUAUAUAGGAAAUCAAAAUGUUUCUCACUCUUGGAUUGUUUGUGGACCACUUAGAUUGCCGGUUCACGCUUCAUGACUGCCAAAUGUGCUGGAAGUUUGAAAAUAAACAGUAGGCCAGUCUUGUGCUUCCCUAUAAGUGGCAGCAGAUGGUUACACGUCUUUCAGUUUAUUAUCACCUGAUGUCAAUGUUAUAUGUCUUAACGUCUAUGUUUUUUUGUUUUGUUUUUUUGCUUUGCUAUACACGAUUGUUUUCCAAUGACUUGUAUCAUGAACAAAUCUAUCAAGAGGUUAUAGUCACUCUGCACACUGCACAAUAAACCCAGAUGAAGUAGCCAAACAGAA